UACCACGCAGAACAAACGCUAUAUUCAUCUCUGUGCUACAGCUUGCGAAACUCCCUCCAGGAACUUCUGGGUACUUUUCCCCACCGCUCGAGCGACUGAAUACAAUGUCAUUCAUGCCAGCGGGCGAAAACAGGCGAAGUGGUGCCUGGUCAGUUCACCCGAUAAUGUUGAGAAUAUGCAGUGUUUUUUGCGCAUGGAGUGUACUGUUUUUGACAGAAGUCUGCGGGCAGUCACAACGGAGACCAACGUUUACAUGCGGAGGGAAUAUAACGGGGGGUUCUGGGGUCAUUGGGAGCCCGGGGUAUCCAGGGGUGUACCCCCCAAAUACCAAAUGUGUUUGGAGAAUCACGAUCCUGUCAAGCUCUGUCAGGUUGGAUGGGGAGUGUUGCUGCACAGCUAUUUUCAGGUCCCUGAGGGUAAAGUGGUGGUCCUGUCCUUCCGCUUCAUUGACCUGGAGAGUGACAACCUGUGUCGCUAUGACUACGUGGAUGUUUACAGUGGCCAUGUGAGUGGCCAGAGGCUGGGCCGCUUCUGUGGGACUUUCAGGCCAGGCGCCCUGGUCUCCACAGGCAACAAGAUGCUCAUUCAGAUGGUGUCUGAUGCCAACACAGCUGGGAGUGGCUUCCUGGCGGUGUACUCUGCUGCCCAGCCGCAUGAGAGAGGGGAUCAGUACUGUGGCGGUCGUCUGGUUAAACCCUCCGGGUCCUUUAAGACCCCUAACUGGCCCGAGAAAGACUACCCCGCAGGGGUCACCUGCUCAUGGCACAUAGUGGCUCCUAAGAACCAGAUUAUUGAGGUGAAGUUUGAGAAGUUCGAUGUGGAAAGAGACAACUACUGUCGAUAUGACUAUGUGGCCAUUUUCAACGGGGCAGAGAUCAACGAUGCCAAGAGGAUCGGGAAGUACUGUGGCGACAGCCCUCCAGCUCCAGUAUUUUCUGAAGGUAACCAGCUCCUGAUCCAGUUCCUCUCAGACCUCAGUUUAACGGCAGACGGGUUCAUCGGCCACUACAAGUUUAGACCCAAGAAGUUCCCCACCCCCACGGUACCAGCGACCACCACCACCCCAGCAGCUACCACCAGACCCAUACCCCUGAAGUACUCUUUAGCUCUGUGCCAGCAGAAAUGCAAAAGAAGUGGAACCGUUGAGAGCAACUACUGUACCAGUGACUUUGUGAUAACAGGAACUGUCAUCACGGCGGUGGUGCGAGAAGGCAGCGUGUACGCCACCAUCUCCAUCAUCAACGUCUACAAAGAAGGCAACCUGGCCAUCCAGCAGGCCGGCAAGACCAUGAGCACCAAGAUCAUCGUGCUCUGCAAGAAGUGUCCAUCCAUCAGACGAGGCCUCAAUUACAUCUUCAUGGGCUCAGCGGACGAGGAUGGGAAGGGGAAGAUCGCCCCGCAUCACUUCGUCAUGGCCUUCAAGGCUAAGAACCAGAGGGGACUCAACGUACUGAAGAACAAACGCUGCUGAGAUCAGCUACGUGCUGCCUGAGUCUCCACCCAACCACCAUGCCCCACCCACAAAAGGGUGUGUCUGUUCUUGUUAGUCUCUGCCCAGCCUUCCCUGGCUCCGCCCAUCAUUAUCUAUCAUCCUUCACCACAGGACUAGUCUACAGAGCUCAGGCUGUUACUGCCUGGAGGUGUCUGGCUGUCUCUUUCCUUUGUUUUGUAUUUCUAUGCUGUUUUUUCUCUUUCCUCUGAACUGGGCCUGUUUUGAGUGCAAUGUGAAGAAUGACUGUGAUAAUUGAAGAGAGGGAGGAGAGGAAGAGAGACCGAUAGUAAGGGGGAGAAUCACCUGGGUCACGUUCAGUUAGAACAAAACAGGAGAAAAUGUUAGAAACUAAAUACUACCUAAAUAUGUCCAAUGAGAGCGCUCAUGUACCUUUUCUGUUUCAAAAAAUUUUUCUCACGUUUCAAGCCCACUGAACACAACCCAGGUGUCAUGAUGAGUGUUGGCUUGGAUCAAACAUCAGACAGGAAGGAGUUUGUUAGAGGAAGUACAUUAUUGAGGACGGGGUGUUAUAGUUUUAUGGACAGUGUUUACAAACUGCUCUUUAUUUCCUAUGUUCACAUUGAAUGGACAAGAUUUGGGAGGUAUUUUAUGUGGUGUCGAUAAGUGCAAUAGUUGAAUAUAUAGCAUUCCUUUUGAAAUGAUUUGUUUUCAUGCUAGUAUUACGUUUAGUACUGUCACUUAUUAGCCAAAGCUUUUCACAAUGAAUGGAUUCAACAAAGCACUCCUUAUCAUUAUGUCAGCUUGGUUUGUAAUGUAUGUAAUAAAAAGAGAUAUGAAAUGAAUUACAAUAUAAAGUAUUUUCAUAUGAUUCAAUUGGUAAAUGUUAUUUAUAUUUUCUUGUUUUCAUCUGACCAAAUAAAAAACAGAAAAUGAA